AUGAAACAAGUUUGGUUUGUCGUCCUCAUACUGGCAUACAUAAACCUUUCCAUGAGGGUUGGCACUGCCCCGAUCUGUGGCUAUGGGCAGGAUGGAUGCCAGGUCCUUUCCCUGGCAGAUAUCUUUGACAGGGUCAUACAACAGUCCUCAAGAAUGCAUGGCAUCUCCAGUGACCUGCACUCUCAAUUUGAGCAAUAUUUCUUUCCUAACAAGAACCUCAUAGGAAAACAGAGGUGCCACACAUACGGGAUACUAACACCAGAUGACAAAGAGAAUGCACAAAGAUUCGGGAGACAGGAACUGACAGAGGUGAUUCUCAUGCUGCUUGGGGCCUGGAGUGACCCCCUGUCACAACUCUACUGGAGCAUGUCUCAGGAUCAGAACCAAGACUUCAACCACUACACCUCUAACAAGGCGCUGGAGAUCACCGACAUGGUGCAGGAGCUGAGAGAUGGAGUGACAAAAAUGGCUGAGAAGAUGAAGUUAGAGGGACUGCUUGGGAACACUGUGGGCUACAUCUCUCCAGAGAGUUUGGUUCCCUCUUCUGCCUUUUCUUUCUACAAACGGGGAGAGCUGGACUCAGUGGACCAUCAUGACCUACUCUACUGCUUCCGCAGAGACUCCAACAAAGUCAAAAAUUAUCUCCGUAUCCUGAAAUGCACCACCCUUCCGGGGCUGGACUGCUGA